GAUUGGCAACUCCAAGUCGUCAACAUUUUGUCAUUGUGUCCCAUUAUUGAGAGAGUCCCGAGGUCAAGAAGUCUACAAAUUUUACUACCUGAUUCCGAGAAUAUUCUCUCCCAAGAAUUUGUGGAACGUAUUUUAGAACUUUUUAACAAAAUUCCGACCACCGAACAAACAAUAGCAUCACAAUGUUCAUUCUUUCGACUAUGUAUCGACAUUGUUUCGCCAAAUUCACCAUUGCGUAUUUACCUUUAUAAAAUACUUUUCGGAAAAGAACCAUGUCCAUUUUUUGGUCCUGUUUUAUCAAGUGUUUUGGUUGAGGUCAUAAAAAUGGAAUCACAGACUCUUGCCGAAAUAAUUCGAAAUACGUCCGCUAUUUUAGAUGACUCUAUUCAUCUAAAUGCAAUAAACGCUGCUCUCAAAAGUAAUCAUUUGGAUUCUCCGAUCUUUGCUUUGUGCGGUGAUGUGAUGCAAAGAAAUUUUUUUUCUUUCUUUUCGUUCCAGGAUUUGUUCAAUAGUUUUCAGGACGCAGUCAAUCUUUUACGCAGCACAAAUGUCGAACCUUUACAAUCUAUAUUGGCCGUUGCCUUACUCAAAGAGUUUGUGAACACCCUUUGGAAAUCAUUGGUGUCAAUCCGGGAUGCCACGAGAGAACCCUUGGAGUUUGAGGUUGAUGUGGAUAUUAAUGAGCUAGUUGAAAACAUCAAUCGAGCUAUGGAACGUCAAUCAUUUCAAAUUCGUUCUUUAAAAUUAUAUUUCCUUCGUGAUUUAUAUGCCAAAGGACUUUCACUGCAUGGGAUUAAAUGUUUUAGUAAAGUGCAAGGCGAAACAUUUCCUUGGCUAAACGAUCUCGAAUGGAGUGACGAAGACAAUCGAAUAGGCUUCGUGCCUUACCGUUUUUAUGCCCAGUACAACGAAGCGGAGGAAGCAUUUGAACCACUGUACAUGCGCGGGCAGCAAAUGAAAGCCGAAAAUUUUCUAAAUUAUGUUUUAACUGACUCAUCAAUAAGUAAAAAGAUGUCCUUGAUGGGUAUUGCCAUCUCUCGCCUUCGUGACAUAUAUGCCUUGCGUGAUUUAAGCCUGCACGAAAAAACGGCGAUUCAAUUUUUGCACACUCAAUUAUCAAAUAUGCCAUUUGACAACUUUUAUCGAGAAACCUUAUUAUCUUUCAUCACAAAUACUCAUCAACUUUAUCUUAUUUCACCGGUAACAAGUCAGUCAGAGUUGUUGAUUCGAUCGGUUAUUGUUCACAUCGUUGCGCUCCAUUCUUGCCUUUCUGCAUCGAAUUCUCCAUUAGCUGCAUAUCUGCAAGCAUUGAAGACCUGUAAAGAGACAUACAUACUAACAUCCAGUUCGGACGUUGAUGCAAACAUUCUUAUUGAAAUUGGAGAGGCGCUUGGUCAAUUUACACGUUACGAAUGCGAAUGUGGCUUUAAAUACAUUGUUACCGAGUGUGGUGACACGAGAGAAGAGGGCAUUUGUCCACAAUGUAAAAGUCGUAUCGGAGGAAUAAACAAUAAGGUCAAUCCUGGAAAUAGACGUAUCGACGUUCAAACAAUUCGUGGAAAUGAAGAGGCAAAUGAACGGAUGGGAUAUGCAUAUGAGUCUACUGAAAGCAGAAAAGACAUCAACUAUCGUAUUCGGGGGAUGACCUUGGCAUCUUAUCGCGUGCUGCAUCUUUUCGUGCAUACACUUAUUGCUGCAACUUCGCGUGAAGAUUGUCAGGACUUUUUCAACAUCAAAGAGCCUAUUGAGUAUUGUAAGCGACACAUUGAAAUGACUGGCACAUUUUAA